AUGAAGACUUCUAACUUCCUCGCUCUUGCCGCGCUUCUCAUUUUAACCACCCCGGCGCAGGCCAACAUUGGCCAGGGGGCAAAAUUGGCAUUCGAUCUCUUCGGAGAAGGAAUCGGCUCCCUCUUCGUUCACAUAUUCGGCGGAAAGCGUGAUAUCAGCCCCAUUGAGGGGCACAUCAUCAGUCGCGACCCUCCCCCCGGUGUUCCGGCAUUCGAAUAUGAGCGCUGUCGCAAUGACAUUUCGGGAGUGUCCGUCACGGCUACCUCCCCCGGCCCUGGUUCGGUUCAAUUUGUCGGGGUUCCAGCCAGCUGCAUGAACCUGGCUACAGUCCUUAUUGGAGACCCCGUCAAUGGCCCCUAUCCUUUGCCCUGCGGCUCUGACUGCCUGGUGUACAACAACCUGUCGCAGCAGCAAUUUGACGAUCUUGUCGCUGCUCUGAGGGCGAAUGCCUCGUGA